CAUCUGCUUUCUCGUCCUUCUCCAAUCUCCGUGUUGUUGUUCCCGGUGACGCGGCGGAGGUGUAGCCUGACGCGGGCUCUUACGUGUCGGCCAGAAUAAAAGUGGAGCUCCGGAGGCCUGGGAGUGACGAAGGGAGACUGUACCGAUUAGCUCGGGAAAUGUGAGACCAUGAAACCGACUGAAAGCAGACCCUACACUGAAAGCAUGAGAGCUGAAAACCCUGUUGGCCUUUUCUGUUAUUGCUGCUGUUACCCAAAACAGUCGUCUUUUGCUGAGCUGACAAACUCGUAGAGAAGCAGAAGAGUAGUAGCUAUGUGACGCCAUUCUCUCAGAGAAAAGUGACCAGGGUUUACAUUCAGACAUGAAGACGACAAAUGCCUUCAGCUUAUUGUAAAGCAGAGCGGGCUUAUACAGGUUAGCCAAUGAAGAUGGAGUCAGCAGCAGAGGUUCAGCAGGGGGCAGAGACUGCUAUGACUGAGACGGAGAACCAGCAGAUCACCCCGGCACAGAUUGCUACUUUGGCGCAGGUGUCCAUGACAGCAGGACAUGCUUCAGCAACAGGUCCCACAGUAACACUGGUACAGCUGCCCAACGGACAGACGGUUCAGGUCCACGGUGUGAUCCAGGCUGCGCAGCCAUCUGUAAUCCAGUCCCCACAGGUCCAAGCCGUACAGAUCUCCACCAUAGCAGAAAGCGAGGAUUCGCAGGAGUCUGUAGACAGUGUGACCGACUCUCAGAAGCGCAGAGAGAUUCUAUCACGGCGCCCCUCAUACAGGAAAAUUCUGAACGACCUUUCGUCUGACGCACCUGCUGUCCCUCGUAUCGAGGAAGAAAAGGCCGAAGAAGACUCAUCUGCUGCUGCUGCCACACCUGCAAUCACCACUGUUACUGUCCCGACACCCAUCUACCAGACCAGCAGCGGCCAAUACAUUGCAAUCACACAGGGUGGAGCCAUUCAGUUGGCCAAUAAUGGUACAGAUGGAGUACAGGGCCUUCAGACUCUGACUAUGACUAAUGCAGCAGCAGCCCAGCCUGGCGCCACGAUACUGCAGUAUGCACAGACCAGUGACGGCCAGCAGAUACUGGUUCCCAGCAACCAGGUGGUGGUCCAAGCUGCCUCAGGUGACGUUCAGGCCUAUCAGAUCCGAGCAGCCCCUGCCAGCACCAUUGCUCCCGGGGUAGUCAUGGCCUCGUCCCCUGCUCUUCCGACCCAGGGUGCCACUGAGGAGGUCACCAGAAAACGCGAGGUCCGCCUCAUGAAGAACAGAGAGGCGGCCCGUGAAUGUCGCAGGAAGAAGAAGGAGUAUGUUAAAUGUCUGGAGAACCGAGUGGCCGUUCUGGAGAACCAAAACAAGACACUAAUUGAAGAACUUAAAGCCCUUAAAGACCUUUACUGCCAUAAAUCAGAGUAGUUGCACUCCUGAACACCAUACUGGGCCAAGUAGCAUUUCAAUACCUUUCAAAUGCUUUGACUGUUUCUGUCUACCUGGCCUUCCGGUUUGCCCUUGCCUGGUCUUUAUCCCCACCCCCACAAAAUUGCUCGAUCUAGAAGACUGUUAUAACAAUAAAUUUAAAAAAACGAAAGUUGUGUACUGUUAUCAAGGUCUAAUGAGAAAAAUUGCAAAAGUGCUAACUGAUACUUCAUAGGCAAUUACAAUACAGAUCGCAAUGACAAACAUAUGACAGUGGUUAACAUGUUUCUUUGUGUACGAGCCUGGGUUUUAUUGUCAUAGUUUUGGCUGAUGCCCAUAUCAUUUAGUCUAAUGUUGCUUCACAGGAAAAAGACAAUAAGAAGAAAUCCUGAUAUCUGCUUGUUUUGUUUUGUUUUUUUCUUUGUUUGUUUUAUCUUUGAGUAAGACAAAUGGUUCAACUUCCAGGCCAACUUGAAGAUGAAAAUCAUUCAUAAUGGUUUACUGAGGUACUAACUUUUACUAUCUCUCUUCCAAGUUUUUUUUUACUUGAAUCAAGGUUCAGUUGUUGAAAAACAGUUUAUUUUUUGGCCUCACUGGACUCCCGUAGAGUCCUGUAUUUACUAUGUAAGCAAUAAUGCCAUCUUUAAGUUGGCCUUGGAGUGUCACUGUUGUAGCUGUCGCUUGCUGUUUAAUUUGCCCAGUGGUUUUGGUUUAAUACAGUAGUCAAACUGUAAGGCAAGAACUAUUUUUACUGUGUCCUAAUAUGUGAUUCAAUGGAAACUUGCCAAAAAAGGUUAUGUUGCACUGGCACAACAUCACAUUGAAGGUAGUCAGUUUGGAAAAUGUUUACUGGCCAAAAUUUUGACAGGAACACAAAGCUUGUUUUAAAAAGAUUUUUUUUUUUUUGGGGGGCGGGGGCAUUGGUUGCCUUUGUUUUUUUAUUUAUAUAUAUAUAAAAUUGUCAUGUCAAUUGAUAUUUUUCCGGCUGUACAUUUUUUUUCUGGAAAAUAGCCAAUAUGUUGCUGUACCAGGCAAACCCAGUCAGUUCCAGUUAAAGGCUUUGAAUGAAACAUGAAUUUCUACUUGAUCCACUCCUUUAUGUGAACCGCAUUGUAAAGGGGACUCUACAGUUAAUUAGGCACAAACAAUCCUUUUUUGUUUUCUAAAUAUUUGUAAUGAUGCUACCAACUGCCAAAAAGGAAGAAAGUGGAGCUACGUAGGUGCAAGCAGAAAUUUGAUUGCCGCAGUCGUAUGUGUUAUAUAUUGAAAUGGUAAUAUUACAAUUUUCUAUUCACUGCUUUUUUUUCUCAACAUGAUGAUUGUCGCUACUACCGAAAGAUCAUUAGCAGUACUGUUUUAAAGGUAGAUUAUUUUUGUUACAAUCUAGACUAAGUCUUUAUAGUUUUGGUAAAGAUUCCUAGUAAUUUUGGGAACAUUUUACUCAUUAGCUUAAGGAAAAAUUUCAAUUUUAGACAUUAGGUAUAUUCACGGUUUAAAUAAAGCGUUGUUGCAUUUGCCAAUGCACGCUCUUAAUUUGGUGCGUAAAAUGCUCUCACAACAAAAUUUUAGAGGAUUAAAAGAAGAAGGAAACAAACCCAAGUAACACAAGCGACACUAUCAAAAGUAAUAAUUAACUUUUGUUUUGUUUUGUUUUUCAAUCUUAUUUCCAUUUUGCAAUGUGUGUUAAAUGGUGGUAAAAUAUGAAUUGUGACACCAUAAGAUUGCGGGUCAUUUCUGGAUAUGUAGCAGAUUGGAUCCUUGGUGAAAUCUACAGAAGAUAAAGGCUACAGUAACAUGAGUUUAACUCUAAUAACCCGUGAAGAUGUACACUCCGUCGAGAGGAGAUCACUUUGUGGGACUGUGUGUGGUUUUUGAACAGAUAUGUGUAUGUAUUUGUGUGUUUAUUUUUUUAUAUUACUGUACAUAGACUCUACAGCAUGUGUAGAACUCAUGUAUUUCUGUUUGUUUGAUAUGGAAAAAAAUGUUCUUAUGGCUUGUAUGAAAAUCAACUUUGCAUAUUUGUAACAUAUAUCAGUGUAUAAUUGAAAGACAUGUAUGUGUGUAUUCAUGUUAUCCACCGGGCCUACCACAGUCAUGGCAGCUAGUGUAUGAGAAAAGGCCUUUAAUGGAGAUGUUAUAUUUUGGAGUGUUCUUUAGGAUCAGUAGUGUUUGUAGACAAAAGCAAGUCUGUUGAAAGCAUUUGGGGUCCACAAGAUAUAUCAGCUUCACAAUUUUGUCAUUGGAAAACUUUAUUAGGUUUCCUAAACAUAUCUUUUGUCUGUGCUCAUGGAAUUUGAGAAUAUCAUUCCCAUUGUUUAGGAUGACUUUCAAAAUAAAAUGUAUUUCAUAAGAAAGCUAUAUUUGUUUUAACAGAACAUAGUGGGGUUUUUAGCAGUGGUACGAUAUUUAUAUCAACUCUUUCUGUUAAAAGAAAUGUUAUAUUGUGACAUAAAUUUGUUAUGAAAAUCAUUCUGAAUGAGCAGAACCUCCAGCAGGUAAAGGUUUUCUGUCUAAGUUAAGAAAUUAAAGCACAGUUUUUAUUUUUUCUUAUGUCAAUUCAGUCAUUCAUUCAUUUCAACCAGAACAUUACUGCAAUCCUGUCUAAUGAAAAGUCUGAGGCAUUUUUAGUGGGAAAGAUGCUGACAUGAAAACUUCAAAAAGUAGAAAGGGAAAUUUAAAAAAUGUCCUUCACGGUUCACGGUUGUGAUCUUUAUACUCAUCAAGAAGUAGUUUGGUGCACUUAUUAGCUUUGUUCAGAGCUUUCAAAUGCUUCCCACUCUUCAUCUACACAUGAAAUUAGUUCAUUUGCCAUUGCACAACAGAGUCACGAUCUCCAGGUUGUCUGAAAUCUUCUGAAGGUCCUAAAUGCAUCUUAAGUUAACAGUAUUUUAACUGUGUUUUCACAAAUUAGUUUCAAAACCUCAGUCAUGAGCUGAGGAGAAAUGUAUGAGGUGUCAAGGCACUUGAGGUCCCUUUGACCCAGUUUUGCUACCCGUAGUGUGGUUUAAAGCAAUUUGUAGUAUUCGUAAAGUCAUAAAUAAUGUUCUUGUACUGCACUCCAGGGGACGAUGAUGAUAAAGUCUGAUGAUCGAGAAAACCAUAAAUGGGCUAAAAAUCUGUAUUUAGUAAUAAAUGCAUGGUCAGUGCCAGGGCUUUAACAGUGUGUGCAGGGAUUGGUAGCAGUGACAAUGUUUAGAUACCAGUGCCAUUACGAUGUGACAGAGAGGAAAUGCAAGAAAGUCAACCCCUUUGUAAUUCAAACAUCCAGUGGUGCUUAUAUUAAAAAAAUCUAGUAAUAACUUUCUUUUCUGUUGAUUUGAUAUGGUGAGCUCAACUUUGUGAUGUGAUUACACAAUAUCUUUUAAACGAUAAUUGUUUCGAUUUUUGUUUGUGUGCCAGAAUAAUUUGUAACGACAGGCCUCAUUUGUGCAUGUAACAGAACGAUAUCCAUGUGUGUAAAAGUGUAUAUAUAAACAGGAUUUCUAGAACAGUAAUAAUGACAUUUUUUCUAACUUUUAAUGUGAUGAGUUUGUAUAUUGCCACUUUUGCAAGUUAUCAAUUGAAAAUGCCAUGUAUCAUACGGUACCUUGUAUAGACGGGGUUGCCAGAUGAAGCGUUCAAUACUGUUUGUUUAAACAUUGUCAAAUUAUAAAACUAUACCAGCUCAUUAUUUCAAAGUGCUGUUACUCUGGCAUUAUGUCACUCUUUUGUAAACACUUGCUAUGUCACAAUAAACUGAUA